ACGCGCAUGUUCAAAAUGGUGACGUUACCGCUAGUUACAGAGCUCGAGAGCAAAGGUACAGGAUAAUACCAAGCAAACUUAAAGAAACUGUAGAUACUUCCGUCUGGAGUUUGGCUGUCGAUGAACGAGUGCUUGAAGAAAGUUCAGGGUUCACACAAAUCUUGGAUGCUCUGGAGUAACAACCUCUGCUUCGAGUGAACUGUUGUUUGUAUUCCCGGUAAUUUAGCUAUUGGUACUUGCAGUUAAAAAAAAUAAAAUAAAUAAAAAUAUGGGUGAUUCUGAUGAUGAAUAUGAUAGAAAACGUCGAGAUAAGUUCAGAGGUGAGAGACCAGAGUCUUAUUCACGAGGUGGUGAUGGUCGUCGAGAUGAUAGGCGUGGUGGUGGCGGCGGUGGCGGAGGCGGACGUGAUGAAUGGGUCGAAAGAGAAUGGUCGAGUCGGUCAAGAGCGCGGCAAGAGUACCGGGAUUACCGGGGAGGUGGUGGCGGGAGCGGGAACAGAGACCGUUACAGUCCGGCUCGGUCACAAGACAUCUCAUCAGGGCCGCCAUUGAAACGUAUGCGAGGUGAUUGGGAUGACAGACCAUCCUCGAGAUACGCGCACUCUGAUUACUAUGGGAUUGGAAGUGGCGGUGGUGGUGAUCGAGGUAACUCAUGGGCACCACCUUCUGAUCAUUACUUGUCCCAUCAUGGCAAUCAUCACUACGGAGGCGGUGGUGGUGGUGAUCGUCACAGUAAUAAUAACAGUAAUAACAGUCGUGAAGUAGCGGGAAAUUUCAGUAAUUCAAAUAUUGAAACCCAACCACCGAUGAUGACAUUCAAGGCAUUCCUUGUUACCCAAGAAGACACAAUAACUGAUGAAGAAGCAAUCAAACGUUACAAUGAAUAUAAACUUGAGUUCCGACGUCAGCAGUUGAAUGAAUUUUUCGUAGCCCACAAAGACGAAGAAUGGUUCAAGAUUAAGUAUCAUCCUGAGGAAUCGAUCAAACGUAAGGAAGAACAAAUAUCUGCUCUAAAGAAACGUGUGGAAGUAUUUUUGGAGCUGCUAAACUCGGGUGAAAUUGAUAAAGUAUCAAUAGAUGUUGAUCAAUCGACACCUUUGCUACGACUACUCGAUACGGUUGUGAUAAAACUGGAAGGUGGAACUGAAGAAGACUUGAAAAUUCUUGAUGAUGCAGUACCUGCUAGUUCCAGUACUACCGCGUCGACUGCGGUUACUAAAGAAGUGUCUAAAGAACCUGAAAAAGACAAAGACAAAGAUAAAGAGAAGGAUAAGGAUAAAGAGAAAGAAGCGCCAGCUGAAGUAAAAAAAACUGAAGAAGAGACAGGCGAAGACAAACCAACGGAAGAGUCUGCGGAGACUGUGGCGGUGAAAGAUAAUGAGGAAAAUGACAACGGGGAUGAUAAUAAAAAUGAGGAGGAGGAUAAUGAUGAGGAAGAUGAGGGUGACAAGCAGAAAACUGCAGAGUUGAGUGUCCCUGAAGAAAAAGUUGUUGCGGCGCCGAAAGAAAAAAGUAAGAAAAGUAAAAAGAGCAAAAAGUCGAAAAAAGAAACCGUAGCGGCUGGUGAUCUUGAGGAUAAAGACAACGAGAAGAUUAAGACAAGCAAUGAAAAGUUUGAUGAACAGGAUGGCAAGUCGUCGAAAGUUGAGAAAAUGAUUGAAGAUGACGAAGCUGCUGAUAAUAAUAAUCAGGAAGAUGAAAAUAUGGAAACUGUUCCUGCUGCGGCUGGUGAAGCUGCUCCGAGUACGAACAGUAAAAAGCGGAAACGCACAAAUAGCAAUUCCAGCAGCUCGAGUAAUGAAGAAGUUGAUGUUCCUGACAAUCGCAGUACUACGAGCAACAAAAGUUCUGGUUCGAGCAGCAGCAGCAGCAGCAGUUCAUCACAAUCUUCUCCAGAUAAUAACAACGAAGAGAAUGAAGACGAGAAUGAACAUGAACAUGAGAAUGAGAAUGAGAAUGAAGGUGAAGAACAUGAGAAAAUGGAGACCGACAACGUCAAUGAUAAAGAGAAAUCAGAAGCUGGUGAAAAGUCUGAACCAUCUGGCGAACCAGCGGAAAAGAAGAGCGAUGAGAAGACAGAGGAAGAUGACAAAGAAAAAAAGAAUGAAGAUGAGUCGAGUAAGAACCAAGUGGAAGCUGUUAUUGAUCUCGUUGAAACUGGGGAAGAUGAUAAAGACUCCUUAGCACCGGCAAAAUCACCGCGCGCGUUACAUAAAACGAGCAGUAUAUUUUUGCGUAACUUAGCGCCGACAAUUACUAAAGCUGAGGUGGAAGCGAUGUGCAAGCGGUUCCCUGGAUUUUUACGGGUCGCCAUUGCAGACCCGCAACCCGAGCGCCGAUGGUUCCGUCGCGGGUGGGUGUCUUUUGAACGUCAAGUGAACAUAAAAGAAAUUUGCUGGAGUCUGAAUAACAUCAGGCUGCGAGAAUGCGAACUUGGAGCGAUCGUAAAUCGGGAUUUGCUGCGUAGAAUCCGGACCGUCAAUGGCAUCACCGCGCACAAACAGGUUGUGAGAUUCGAUAUCAAAUUGACAGCCAAAAUAAUUCAUAAUUUAGAUACCAAAAUAGGUUUGUGGGUUGACGUCAACAAUGCCGCUUCUAACAACAAAGACACCGCAGAAGAACCUGCCACGACUGAUAACAAAGAUCCGAAUGCACAAAAAAUGAAUAACGACAACAUCGUAACGGAAGUUAUGCCUCUGGAGUUUGGAUUCUCAUCCAAAAAUCCGAUUUUGAAAAACAUCACAGACUAUUUGAUCGAAGAGGCUUCUGCGGAAGAGGAGGAGCUACUGGGACGUGGAAAUGUUGAUGGAGGAACUGGUAGCAGCAGCGAACAACAAGAAGAAGGUCAGCUGGACGGCACCAAUGACAAUAGCGACGAAGGCCCGAUUGACAGGGAUCCAGUUUUGACAAAAGUUCUUGACAGACUUAUUUUGUAUCUGCGUAUCGUUCAUUCAGUUGAUUAUUACAACCACUGCGAGUAUCCCAACGAAGACGAGAUGCCAAAUAGAUGUGGUAUCAUGCACGUCCGCGGGCCACCGCCGCAAAAUGCUAAAGUAUCUUUCACAGAACUGCAAGAGUACUGUCGUAAUUUUGAGAGCAAGAUGACGACAUUCUUAGCUCCUGCGUCGGGUUCAAACCUGGGAAUGCCGGAUGACGAGUUCCAAAAACUCGGCGCUAAAAAUGCUGACGCUGAGGUGGAGAAAUUUGUCCAAGCAAACACUCAAGAGUUGGCUAAAGACAAGUGGCUGUGUCCAUUAAGUGGAAAGAAGUUCAAGGGACCGGACUUUAUACGCAAGCAUAUAUUUAAUAAACACGCUGAGAAAGUCGCUGAAGUAAAAGCUGAGGCUGAGUACUUCAAUAAUUAUUUGAAGGAUCCCAAGAGGCCGAUGCUCCCAGAACAUCCUGGCAAUAAAACUCCAGCUCCGUCUUCGAAUGCUGCAGGUGGACCUAGGGAAGGAUUACUCAGAGAUAACUAUCCACCUUUUGGAGCUAUGGCCGGAUUCGGAGGAUACGGGGGCGGUAACUUUGGAAGUGGUCGCGGUAUUUUUGGAAGCUCAGGAGGUGGAUAUGGCGGCGGGUUCGGCGGUGGUUUUGGUGGCGGAAUGUCGCGGCCAAAUCGCGGUGGAUUUAAUCGUGGACGGGCUGCACCAGCAGAUAUGGGGUCAAGACCAAUAGUUAGUUACAAUGACUUGGACACGUUAGACUUCGAUAUAUUUUAAUUGUAUGUUGCAGCAGUGGCAACAAUCCGGAUUUUCGCCCGGUUAUUCACUAUCGGGAUCUCGACGCACCAAGGGAGCCUGAUGAAUUCUUGUAAAUUAAAUUAACAAAAAAGUAAUAAUGAUAAAUAAUACUAAUAAUAAUAAGUACAAUGCCGACAAUAUUUUAUGUUGACAAGACAUGACAUCAAGACGAAAAUUGCGGAGAGAUGCCUAGUGGAACGCGCAUAGAUAUUAAUUAUUAAAUAUAAAUAUGACUUAGAUAUAAUUUAAGUAAUUGAUAAUUAUUGUAAUAAAUAAUUAAUUGAUUUUAGUAAUUUGAUAAAAAAAUAUUAAAUGAUUGUAAUAUCAUUUCAUUAUAAAAUUACAAUAUUGUGAUUUAAGUUUCAGUUGUAAUUUGUAAUUUAAAAAAAAAUACAAGUGUAUAAAUAAUGAUUAUUAAUUUCAAACUGCCUGUCUAUACAAGAUGAUGUAAUUAAUUGCAGGAAAAAUUUUCAAAAUGAUUAAUAAAUAAUUUUUCACAUA